ACACAAUAUCUAAACAUGAAGUUCCUCAUCGUCUUCGUCGCCCUCUUCGCCCUGGCCCUGGCAGCGCCACCACAGAAUGAAGUUGGAGUAGUCCGUCAAGAAUCAGAUGUCAGCCCAACUGGCUUCAAAUAUAACCUGGAGCUGACUGAUGGUAUCAAAACUGAGGCCGAGGGUCAGCUCAAGACUUUCGAUAAAGAGGAGGCGGCUGUUGUCGUCAGGGGCUCAUUCUCCUACGUUGCCGAUGAUGGUCAGACCUACACCAUCAACUACAUCGCCGAUGAGAACGGUUACCAGCCCCAGGGCGCUCAUCUGCCCGUCGCCCCCGUUGCCUAA